AUGAUUUUCUACGCUGCUAUGAUGCAAACAGAAUCUUCAACAGUUACUGAGUCUAAUAUUACACCUGUCAAAUUCAAGGAACUUUACUCUAAAUAUAACAAAACUCUUUCAUGCCCAUGUUCAACAACCAGCAUAACUUAUAAAAAUUUUGUUUCUAAUACAAUCAAACUUCAUCCUGUUUGUUCAAGUCGUUUCGUUAGUCAAGAAUGGAUUCAUGCAUUAUAUUUAUCAAAUGCAAGUCGAUAUGGAGUGUCGGAUUUUCGAACAACAGCUAGUUCUCAGUUUGAAAUUUUGUCCAGUUUUUGUUCAUUGGCUCAAGACAUAGUUAAUCAUACUAAAAAUGAUGUUGGUAGUAAUGAAUUUGUUACUAUUUAUCUUCUUCCUGACAAACAAGUUGAGCACGAAGUGAAUACUAUCAUUGAAUCUUACAAGAAAGGUGCAUCUGCUCGAAUGAUUACGUUCUUGGACUAUUUUCGAUCAACUAUUCGAGCAAACUAUUUAAUUUCAGCUCUUAAUACGAAUUUAUUAGUUACAUUAGUACACCAUUUAAUCGCGGGUACGAUGUUUAGUCUAUUAUCAACGGAGUACACUCAUGCAUCUGGAGACAUAUUAACCUGUGGCACACAUAAUCUGUUUAUUGCGGCUACUCUUAAUCCAGUAAUAGAUGAAUCUAACAGUGUCUUUGGAAGAUUUCACUUUAAGAAUCUACCAAAUUCUACAAUUGUUAGUGGAUUCUUCGGAGCAUGUAUUCCUCUUGAAGCUCUUCUUCAAAGUACACUUGAUUGUUUAUAUGAAAUCGAAUGUUUGGAAUUAUUGUCCGAUUAUUUUCCAUCUUUGAACGAUUUGCACAUCAAUUGGACAAACUCUACUCUAAUUUCGAAGCAACAAAAUCUUUCUUUUAAUGAUUAUUUGAAUGAUCUCUUGAUUGACGAAUGGUUACCAAAACCAAAUUAUUCAAAGUAUUUUGAUCAUUGUAAUCCUUCAUUCUGCACAUACACAAAAACACAUCAAGCUGAAUUUAUUUAUGCCAUUACGCUUUUCAUUAGUCUCUAUGGUGGUCUCGUGAUGAUACUUCGUUUAAUGGCAUCGUUUAUAAUGAAUAUCUCAUUGAAAGUAUCAUUUAUUUUGCCUGGAAUUCAAAUCAAUUCGACAUCGAUCAACUGUGUUUGUGCCACUAAUCCGGAUUGUCAAACUGCGGCUGUCGUUUACAACGAUAAUAUUAUUCAUAAAAUACCAGGUUUUAUUAGAGGCUGUCUUGCUAGUGAUUCUCUUCUAGGAUCAACUCUGCAAUGUUUAUAUUCAGAAUCAAAUUCAGGUUCAGAUUGUUUUGUAAAUCUACUGACUUACUCAUCAAAUUCUGACUGGACGCUUAAACUAAAUGGACCCAUGUUUGAUUUGCGUCCUCUUGUUUAUGACUCAGAACGGAGUCGUUUUCCUCCAACUACUUUAAUAUCAUCUAUUAUCAAAGAAAUGAUGGUGGAACAAUGGAAUUCAACUCCGUCGUAUGAACAGUUUUACGAAUCAUGUGCACCAAAGUAUUGUACUUAUCAUCAGAAAAUUCGUACGAAGACUAUUGUAGGAAUAUUUAUGACAUUGUUGUCCACGAUCGGUGGUCUUGCUGCUUCUCUACAUCUUAUCACUCCUUAUUUUAUCAAAUUUCUCUUCAAAUUAUGGGCAAUGAUACGUAAAAGAAAACAAGAACAACAAGAACAACAACAAGGUAAUCAUUGA